CAUUGUAAAGAAAGAAACGAGAACGCCUCCUUCGCCUUCUCAUUUGUGCGACUCUCUUCCGAGAAGACACUACUGGUACUGGCCCUUUCCUCAUAUUCCCCAACUUUUCAAAACCCUAAACCCACCCCCUAACUCUCGAAUAUUUCCCCUUCGAUCGAACGAAACCCUAGCGCGAUUUUCGCCAGAGGAGGAGGAGGAGGAGGAGGAGGAGGGUGAAGCCAAAAGGGGCGCCGAAGAUGAUGCAGAUGCUCCGGUUCCACAGUGGCUCGGCCUCCAAGGACCGGAACGCCUCUCCCACCUCCGAUCCCCGAAACCCUAACCCUAGUCCUAGCCCUAGAGGUACCUCCGCUUCUCCGUCUCCUUCGUAUGCUUCCACUGUGGCCCCUGGAACGGUGGGGCCGGGGAGGCCGCUGCGUUUGGUGUACUGCGACGAGAGAGGGAAGUUCCAGAUGGACCCCGAGGCCGUCGCCGCCCUCCACCUCGUGAAAAGCCCCAUAGGCGUCGUCUCCGUCUGUGGCCGUGCCCGACAGGGCAAGAGCUUCAUCCUCAACCAGCUUUUAGGAAUGAGCAGUGGAUUUCAAGUAGCUUCUACUCAUAGACCAUGCACUAAGGGGCUUUGGAUGUGGAGUGCACCAAUAAAGCGAACUGCUCUUGAUGGAACAGAGUACAGUCUUUUACUUCUAGAUAGUGAAGGAAUCGAUGCAUAUGAUCAGACGGGAACGUACAGCAUUCAAGUAUUCUCCUUGGCUGUCUUGCUAUCAAGCCUGUUCAUUUACAACCAGAUGGGUGGUAUCGAUGAAGCCGCCCUUGAUCGCCUCUCACUUGUUACUGAGAUGACGAAACACAUUCGUGUUAAAGCAGCUGGUGGAAGGUCCACGACAUCUGAGAUUGGACAAUUUUCACCGGUCUUUGUCUGGUUAUUGAGGGAUUUCUAUUUAGAUUUAGCAGAAGAUAAUCGAAAAAUCACGCCGCGUGACUACUUAGAGUUGGCUUUGAGGCCUAUCCAAGGCAGAGGUAAAGAUGUCUCUUCAAAAAAUGAGAUCCGCGAGUCCAUACGUGCUCUCUUUCCAGAUAGAGAUUGUUUUACACUAGUUCGGCCGUUGAACAAUGAAAAUGAGCUCCGACACCUUGAUCAAAUCCCUUUAGAGAGCCUUCGACCAGAAUUUCGAGCAGGCUUGGAUGCAUUAACAAAGUUUGUAUUUGAACGAACCAGGCCUAAACAAGUAGGAGCUACUGUUAUGACAGGUCCUAUUCUUGCUGGCAUCACACAAUCAUUCUUGGAUGCCAUCAACAAUGGAGCUGUCCCUACAAUAUCUUCCUCCUGGCAGAGUGUCGAAGAAGCAGAAUGUCGCAGGGCUUAUGAUUAUGCUGCUGAGGUUUACAUGUCAUCGUUUGACCGCACAAAACCAGCUGAUGAGGAUGUUUUGAGGGAAGCACACGAGGAUGCUCUUCAAAAGUCUCUUGCCUCAUUUAAUGCUAGUGCUGUGGGGGCUGGAUCUGUACGCACACAUUAUGAAAAACUUCUUCACAACUUCUGUAGAAAGGCAUUUGAGGAAUACAAAAGAAGUGCCUUUUUGGAGGCUGACCGCCAGUGUUCAAAUGCCAUACAGAGCAUGGAAAAGAAGAUUCGAGCAGCCUGCCUUUCUCCAGGUGCCAUAGUCAGUAACAUUAUUGGGGUACUGGAAAGUUUGCUUGCCGAGUAUGAGACAUCUUCUCAUGGUCCAGGCAAAUGGAAAAUUUUGGCUACCUUUGUACGACAAUGUAUCGAAGGGCCUAUAAUGGACCUUUUCAUCAAGCAGUUAAAUCAGGCUGAAUCAGAAAGGAGUGCUCUUGCAUUAAAAUGUCGUUCAAAUGAAGACAAAUUGGAGCUGCUUAAGAAGCAUCAUGAGGCAAAUGAAAAGCAAAGAUCCGAGUAUUUGAAGCGCUAUGAGGAAGCCACUGCUGAUAAGCAGAAAGUUUCUGAUGAUCUCAGUGGUCGAAUCUCUAACUUGCGGAGCAAAUGCAGCACCCUGGAAGAACGCUGUAUGAGCAUUUCUAAAGAACUUGAUCUUGCUCGUCGUGAAUCAUCUGAUUGGAGAGUUAAGUAUGAGCAAAGUUUGUUAGAGCAGAAGAAUGAAGAAGAGAAGUUUGCAGCACAAAGAGCGGCUUUAGAAUCGAGGUAUAGUGCUGCUGAAGGGAAAUUGGCCGCAGCUCGUGAACAAGCUGCUUCUGCAGAUGAGGAGGCAUCAGAGUGGAGGCAGAAAUAUGAAAUGGCUGCAGCACAAGCCAAAUCAGCUCUCGAGAGGGCAUCGGCAGUGCAAGAAAAAACUAACAAACUGGCUCAGGACAGGGAAGAUGUUAUAAGAGCAGAGCUUGCUGCUCAGUUCAAGGAAAAGGAAGAGCAAAUCAAGAACAUGAAAGCUAAGUUUGAGAACGCAGAAAGUCACACUAAUGUAUUGGUUGAACGUCUGGAGGCUGCGGAAGCAAAAGUUCAGAGCCAGGAUGAAGAAACAGCUGCCUUGAAGGCCGAAAUCAAGGAGUUGAAUGAGAAGCUGGUUCUUGCGAAAGCCAGAACUCAAUCGUACGAAAAGGAAAUCAAAAUUCUCGAACAAGAAAAGAAGCACAUUCAAGAAAACUACCUGUCGAUAUCCAAAAAAAUCGAUGAUGCAGUGGAGCGGUGUAGCACUGCUGAAAGGGAUGCAAAGAGGGUGAUUGCCUCUGCUGAUGCAGCUCAGGCAGAAGCAGUUGUGGCUCAGCAGGAGAAGAGUGAAGCGCAGCGAUUGUCAAUUGAAAGAUUAACUGUUAUUGAAAGAAUACAAAGAAAAGCCAGUAGCCUCGAGCAAGACAAAUCAAUGCUUUUCGAACAAGUGCGGAGGCUACGUCAGUCUGAAACCGAUGCCCUAUCUAAGGUAACACUGCUCGAGAGAAGGGUUGAUGAGAGGGAAAGUGAGAUCGAGGAAUUGCUGAAUCGGAGCAAUGAGCAGAGGUCGAACACAGUUCAAGUCCUAGAGACCCUUUUGGCCACAGAACGUGCAGCUCGAGCAGAAGCCAACAACAGGGCAGAGGCCUUAUCGUUGCAACUCCAAUCUACUCAAGGCAAACUCGACGCACUCCACCAGGAACUGACUUCUGUUCGUCUAGUCGAGACUGCAUUGGAUAGCAAGCUUCGAACUGCUUCUCAUAAUAAGCGAUUGAGAGUAGAUAAUGAAGGAGGCACGGAAUCCAUGCAAGAUAUGGAUGUUGAUGGCCAAUUGAGGGGUAGAAAGAGAUCAAAGAGCACUACUAGCCCGUUAAAGUUUGUCCAAAGUGAAGAUGGUGGGUCUGUUUAUAAAGCUGACGAAAAUUUGACGCCAAGCCUGGAGGCUCACGAGACUGACAAUGAAGAUUAUACCAAGUACACCGUUCUGAAGCUGAAGAAGGAGCUCACUAAGCACGGAUUUGGUGCACAAUUGCUGGAGCUGAGGAAUCCUAAUAAGAAGGAAAUACUCGCACUUUAUGAGAAGCAUGUUCUUGGAAAAGCAUAGCGCCUUUUCUUUUUUGUUUUUCUUGUGUGUAAAUACUGGGUCUUAAAUAUUUUCGGUUGGUGUGCAGCUAUUUAUUGGAAUCUGCAGUUUGUGUGGUUCAAGUAAUCACUUGUCAGAGUUUACCUGCUGUGUUAGUUUUGUUAGCAGCAGCGUCCUUUUGCUUCUGUCCAACAAAUACAUCAUCUUCAACUCUACACUGAUGUUUCUAUUCUGUGAUGGUAAAUAUGUGUAGGUUUUCUGUAA